UAAAAAGUUGACUGACUGGAACAAAAAUGAGAAAGCAGUGUAAGAAGAUAAUAACUACUGGCCGAGCGCAGUGGCUCACGCCUGAAAAUCCCAGCACUUUGGGAGGCUGAGGCGGGCGGAUCACAAAGUCAGGAGUUCGAGAAAUAACUAUUACCUCAUUUGACUAUUUUUACACCUGUAAGGAAUGAAGCUCAGAAGUCACACAGGAAGAAGCCAGCAGAAUCCUUCGGUGUGGGAUUGAUGUGGAGGAUAGGCAUAUACAGAGAACACACAAGCCAAACACCAGGGUGCAGAUUUUGACAGAAAAGCUCUAUCUAUGAUUGGUAAUGAGUGUGAAUUCUUCAACAAAGUGAUCAAAACCAACUUCAGUCCUGCAUUCCUCUUCGCCCUCAGGAGUUUGGCGCCUCGAGACUGCCCAUUCCGCCGGCCAGCAAGCUUCUGAAAAGCAAAACUAGGAAGUUGCUUUCCAACAUAAGGUGGAGGUUUCAACACAGCAGACUUGAAGCAAGUUCAAGUGUGUCUGUAUUUGGUCGGGCUGAUCGGCUGGACUCUGGCCUUCCCAGCUCAGAUUAGCAGACUCCUCUGCCCUAGUGGGCGCUUAGCCUGCGACGGUAGCCUUAGAUGAUCUCUAACAAGCUUCUUUCUCCUCACCCCCGUUCAGUUGUUCCCAGGUCAAAUUCAAAAUGGCCUCAUCUCCUGCUGUCCUUCGAGCGUCCCGGCUGUACCCAUGGAGCCUGAAGAGUUGGGCGCAGUUGCUGAGGUCUCCACAGAUGAAGCAGGUUGGCCGGAUCAUUAGGGUUCCUGCUCGGAUGGCGGCGACGCUGAUCCUGGAGCCCGCUGGCCGCUGCUGCUGGGACGAGCCGGUGCGAAUCGCCGUGCGCGGCCUAGCCCCGGAGCAGCCGGUCACGCUGCGCGCGUCCCUGCGAGACGAGAAGGGCGCGCUUUUCCAGGCCCACGCGCGCUACCGCGCCGACGCCCACGGCGAGCUGGACCUGGAGCGCGCGCCCGCGCUGGGCGGCAGCUUCGCGGGGCUUGAGCCCAUGGGGCUGCUCUGGGCUUUGGAGCCCGAGAAACCCUUGCUGCGGCUGGUGAAGCGCGACGUGCGAACUCCCUUGGCGGUGGAGCUGGAGGUGCUGGAGGGCCACGACCCCGAGCCCGGGCGGCUGCUGUGCCGGGCGCGGCAGGAGCGCGACUUCCUCCCGCCAGGGGUGCGGCGCGAGCCGGUGCGCGCGGGCCGGGUGCGCGGGACUCUUUUCCUACCGCCAGAACCUGGGCCCUUUCCUGGGAUUGUGGACAUGUUCGGAACUGGAGGUGGCCUGCUGGAGUAUCGGGCUAGUCUGCUGGCUGGGAAGGGUUUUGCUGUGAUGGCUCUGGCUUAUUAUAACUAUGAAGACCUCCCCAAGACCAUGGACGUCCUCCAUCUGGAGUACUUUGAAGAAGCUGUGAACUACUUGCUCAGUCAUCCUGAGGUAAAAGGUCCAGGAGUUGGGCUGCUUGGAAUUUCCAAAGGGGGUGAGCUCUGCCUUUCCAUGGCCUCUUUCCUGAAGGGCAUCACGGCUGCUGUCAUCAUCAACGGCUCUGUGGCCAAUGUUGGGGGAACCUUACACUACAAGGGUGAGACCCUGCCCCCUGUGGGCGUCAACAGAAAUCGCAUCAAGGUGACCAAAGAUGGCUAUGCAGACAUUGUGGAUGUCCUGAACAGCCCUUUGGAAGGACCUGACCAGAAGAGCUUCAUUCCUGUGGAAAGGGCAGAGAGCACCUUCCUGUUCCUGGUAGGUCAGGAUGACCACAACUGGAAGAGACCUGGACCCUUCCCAGGGAUCAUUGACAUCUUUGGUAUUGGAGGGGGCCUGCUGGAAUAUCGAGCCAGCCUCCUUGCUGGCCAUGGCUUUGCCACGUUGGCUCUAGCUUAUUAUAACUUUGAAGAUCUCCCCAAGAACAUGGACAACAUAUCCCUGGAAUACUUCGAAGAAGCCCUAUGCUACAUGCUUCAACAUCCCCAGGUAAAAGGCCCAGGCAUUGGGCUUUUGGGCAUUUCUUUAGGAGCUGAUAUUUGUCUCUCAAUGGCCUCAUUCUUGAAGAAUGUCUCAGCCACGGUUUCCAUCAAUGGAUCUGGGAUCAGUGGGAACAAAGCCAUCAACUAUAAGCACAGUAGCAUUCCACCAUUGGGCUAUGACCUGAGGAGAAUCAGGGUAGCUUUCUCGGGCCUCAUGGACAUCGUGGAUAUAAGGAAUGAUCUCGUAGGAGGGUAUGAGAACUCCAGCAUGAUUCCAGUAGAGAAGGCCCAGGGACCCAUCCUGCUCAUCGUCGGUCAGGAUGACCAUAACUGGAGGAGUGAGUUGUAUGCCCAAAAAGUCUCUGAACGGUUACAGGCCCAUGGAAAGGAAAAACCCCAUAUCAUCUGUUACCCUGGGACUGGGCAUUACAUCGAGCCUCCUUACUUCCCCCUGUGCCCAGCUUCCCUUCACGAAUUAGUGAACAAACAUGUGAUGUGGGGUGGGGAGCCCAGGGCUCAUUCUAAGGCCCAGGUAGAUGCCUGGAAGCAGAUUCUAGCCUUCUUCUGCAAACACCUGGGAGGUACCCAGAAAACAGCUUUCCCUAAAUUGUAAUGCAUUUGUCUAUUGCUGACAUGAGAGAUUCAGAUCAGGUUCUAGUGUUCAGUAACCCUAUGUGAAUCAGCUGUCUCCUGGAUAACAUUAAAGCCAUGUCCUUGUCAUUA